AUGCUAGCUAACUGGAGUAAUUUACUUGCAGAACCCUUGUUUGAAAGUAUAAGAAGGAACAUAUCUGAGAUAUUUGAGUAUGCAAACCGUUUGAAAAUAGUUGAUGAUUUGGGUCAUACUUGCAUAGAAAAGGUUGAUAUUGAUGAUGAGUUGCCUCAAGAUUAUGGUCCUAUUCACCAAAAUUUUGAAGAUGUUGUUAUGAUUGGUUUCGAGAAUGAAUACAAAGAAAUAGUGGGGAAGUUAGUUGACACAGAGAAGAGUCUUAGUGCCAUCUCCAUAGUUGCUAUGGGUGGUGCGGGGAAAACAACACUUGCUAGAAAAGUCUACACUUCGCCUGGAGCGAAACGACAUUUUGAGGCAGUUUGUUGGGUGACUGUAUCUCAAAAGUUUAAAGGCAUUGAUUUAUUAAAUGAUAUUAUGAAACAAAUAACUGGGAGUACACAUAGGCCAGACGAUCAAAUGCAAGAGCAUGAGGUGGGAAAGAAGAUCCAUGAUUUUCUGUUGCAAAAGAGAUACUUAGUAGUUCUCGAUGAUGUGUGGAAAACAGAUACAUGGGAGCAAUUAAACAGAAAGGUUAAAGCAUUUCCAGAUGCAACUAAUGGUAGUAGAGUACUGUUAACCACACGAAAGGAAGAUGUUGCAAAUCAUGUUCCAACGCCAACCAAUGUUCAUCCUUUGAAGAAGUUAGAUGAAGAGAAAAGCUGGGAACUUUUCAGUAGCAAAGCUUUACCAUCAUACAAAAGGUCUGCAAUACGAAAUGUGGAUGAGUUUGAAGACCUUGGGAGAGAUCUUACAAAGAAAUGUGAUGGAUUACCACUUGCACUUGCAGUUUUGGGUGGUUAUCUAUCAAAGAAUUUAAAUAAACAAGCAUGGUCUGAUAUACUGUCGGGGUGGCCAUCAACCAAAAAUGGGCAAAUGAUGCGACUAAUACUAGCUCGCAGUUACAAGGACCUGCCAAAUCAUUAUUUAAGAUCUUGUUUUCUCUAUCUUGCUGCUUUCCCUGAGGAUUACAUAAUAGAAGUGUCAGAACUUAUUGAAUUAUGGAUAGCAGAAAGCUUCAUUCCACAUACACCAAAGCAUACACUAGAAGAAACAGCACGGAAUUAUGUAACCGAGUUGGCUCAGAGAAGCUUGGUACAAGUUGUUGACAGAAGUAGGGCACAUGGAUGGAUAGAGAGUAUAAGAAUUCACGAUAUCUUACAUGACUGGUGCAUAGAAGAGGCAAGACAAGAUGGUUUUCUUGAUGCCAUCGACAAAACUGCAGUGUCCCUUCCUAAGCUGAGAUUCCUGAGAGUUCUUUGCAUUGAAAAUUCAACACUAAAAGAUUUAUCCAGUAUGAAUCAACUAACAACAUUCUCCUUGUCGAUGAACUCCAAUAUACCAGCGGAGGUGCUCAACAUAUUUGCAAACAUGCCUCACCUGGUUGAUAUUUUUCUCUACCGAUUUGAUGUGGUCGAUAAGCUGCCUGCUGAGUUCCCACAAAGUGUACGUCGUCUUGUUCUGUUUGCCGGUGUCAUAAAACAAGACCCGAUGCCGAUCCUGGAGAAACUUGCCCGCCUGGUGGUGGUGGAGUUGGGUGGGUACAAAGGCCAGACAAUGUGCUGCUCUUCCCAAGGGUUCCCUCAGCUGCAAGAGUUAGAACUUCAUCAUUUUUCCAUUGAGGAGUGGAGGAUGGAGGAAGGGACAAUGCCAAAACUCUCCCACCUGAUACUUCAGUCGUGCAAGAAGAUGAGGAAGCUCCCCGUGGGGUUGCUGCACCUUCCGUCCCUUGGUCACCUAAAGCUGAGUUCUAUGCCCUAUAAUCCUGAAGAUGACAUCACACGGAAGGAGUUGCGGCAGAAAGGAUGCGAGGUAGAAAGUGGAUGA